AGCUAUCCACCGAGUAACAGCGCGUCCCCGCAUCUUGACGGCGCUAAUUUGGAUAGUUUGUCAAUCAGGAAUUCCUCCGGGAGCAACUCUGAAACAUUUUUAAACGUGUGAUCGGCCGAGAGUCAGGCAUUUUGGUUAACAAUGGACCACCUCGGCUAAGCGGCUUCCGUGACUUGUUGGAGGAGUAGUAGUGGGUUCCGGUGGAGAUAUUUUGUGCUGUCAGGAAGUUUGACGUUUUCGGUUGAAGAACGUUUCUUUGGUUUGUUUUGGUUGUGUAAAAGCGGCGGUUUAGCUAACUCUACCUCCAUAAACCCCGGGAAAUUCGUACUAUCCCACCACCUGAUUUAACUACGACUUGUUAAACAUUAUUACUUUUAAAGUUAGUGAAGUUUUUUUUUGUGAUUAAAGCCACUUUGGAUUCGCUAACAUAUAGUUGGUCGCGUUACAGAGUAACGGUUGUUCUUUCUUUUAUUGUCCUUAAAGUCCUUAAGUAAUUACGAUAUGACGUUGCUUGAUGAAUUAAGUUCAUUUGUGCAUUUCCUAUAGGCCGCGAAAAGACUGCAGCCAGUACUAUAUUGAACAAAAAAAGGAAAAUCUACAGAUUUAGCAGGAAGGCAGGGUAUUUUAAUCACGGAAACUGUCCGGGUUUUCCCUUUGGAUAGCUCUCAAAUGGAUUUAAUGAAUGCUACACAGCAAUUGCUACAUAUAGUAUGCUAGUUUUUGUUAUAAAAUAAGCCUGAAAAAUAAGAAGUUAAAGUGACUAUUCGAUCAUGUUUUGGAAAUUUAAGUUUUCCAAAGAUCCGAGGCUGCAGCGGCCUCAGCCGGAGCACUUAGAUGUAGGUUUUUCCAUAUAGGAUUAUUGUCUUUUGAGCUAAAAUUUUCUUUAAAAUACCUCUAUAAAAGACUAUAUUAGUGUGUUUUUGUUGUUAAUCCUCGGUGAAAGAAGGCGUACCCCCUUUAUUUAAGGGGGUAUCCAGCCCCUCCAUGCCUCCUUCACUCUCACGCCUUCUCCCGGGUGUUUUGGUCUGAUGGACGUCCACACCUCCGGGACAAAUUACUCCAAAUCCGCCCAGAGACACCGGUGACCGGGUCGGUUCCGAGCGGGAGGGGUUACCUGAGACUCCAGGCUGUGGGUGGUCUGGCACAUCAGAGGCAUCAAUCUGAACCCCGGUUUGUGGACCCCGCCUGCACAACACUGCCGCAAUGAAUGAGAGGCAGGCUCUCCACUCUAUAAUGAAGGACCUGGUUGCCCUCCAGAUGACGCGACGACAGCCGGGGUUUUCCUACGACAGCGGCAAGCCAAAGACAUCAACGCAGGCCAACAGACAGGAUGAUGUCAGGAUAAAGUUUGAAUACUCAGGAGAGAAAAGGAUCUUGGUGUUUGGGAGGCCAGUGCAGUUUGAGAAGAUUCAGGAAAAGGUGAAGAGCGUCUUCGGCCAGCAGCUGGAGCUCCAUUAUAUGAACAAUGAAAUGUCCAUUCCUUUGCGAGGUCAGGAUGACCUGGACAAGGCGAUCGACCUGCUGGACCGAAGCUCCAGCAUGAAGAGCAUCAGGAUAAUGCUCCUUUCUCAAGAGCGCAGCAACGCCUCCUCCAACUCUCAUCAUCUACCGUGUAAGCAGGUGAGGAUCAAAGCUUCCCACUCCACUGGGGACGUCAGUACGGCGUAUCAGCCCUCUGAACCCAGAGGGCGCCACCUGUCAACAGGUUCUCAGAACACGGGUCGAAGUUCGCCGCCUCCUGGAUAUGUGCCUGAGCGCCAGCAGAGGAUCGCCCGCCAGGGUUCCUACACCAGCAUCAACAGCGAGGGGGAGUUCAUCCCAGAAACCAGCGACCAAUGCGUGCUGGAUCCUUGGAGCAGCGCAGAAAAUUCAGUUUCUGGCAGCUGUCAGUCCCUGGACAGCAACUCAGAAAGCCCUUCACUGAGGAAGUCACGCAUGCACAGAGCCAAGAGUUACCCAGACAACCGGCAAGAAGUCUCAGACCGGGAGAAUCACGUGUAUGACAAGGUAGCAGGGAAGGGAGGCACCUAUCCUCGUCGGUAUCUUGUCUCCCUGCAUUGCAAAGACCACAGUGAAGGUCGUCGAACGUUUCCGCGCAUUCGUCGUCCCCAGGGAAACCUGUUUACUUUGGUUCCCUCCAGGCGAUCGCUGAACGGCAGCGAGGAGAGUCUGGGCAGCUGGCAGCAGAUCGACACGCAAGGCCGGCUGCGUCCACACGACCGCUCUGUCGCACACAAGUCGCCCAGCGCCCCGGUGACGUGGCGUCGCGGGAAGCUUUUAGGCCAGGGAGCGUUUGGUCAGGUCUACCUCUGCUACGACGUUGACACUGGCAGGGAACUGGCCGCCAAGCAAGUCCAGUUUGAUCCUGAAAGUCCUGAAACCAGCAAGGAAGUUAGCGCGUUGGAGUGUGAAAUCCAGCUUCUAAAAAAUCUGCAUCACGAGCGCAUCGUCCAGUACUACGGCUGUCUGAGGGACCACAACGAGAAAACUCUCACCAUCUUCAUGGAGUACAUGCCCGGGGGUUCAGUCAAAGAUCAGCUGAAGGCUUAUGGGGCCCUGACAGAAAACGUUACCCGCAAAUAUACAAGACAGAUUCUGGAGGGCAUGUCCUACCUGCACAGUAACAUGAUUGUUCACAGAGAUAUCAAAGGAGCCAACAUCCUGCGGGAUUCAGCGGGAAAUGUGAAGCUGGGAGACUUUGGAGCCAGCAAGAGGCUGCAGACGAUCUGCAUGUCUGGAACCGGCAUCCGCUCUGUGACCGGCACCCCCUACUGGAUGAGUCCAGAGGUGAUCAGCGGCGAGGGAUACGGCAGGAAAGCUGACGUCUGGAGCCUCGGCUGCACUGUGGUUGAGAUGCUCACAGAAAAGCCGCCGUGGGCCGAGUUUGAAGCCAUGGCGGCGAUAUUUAAGAUCGCCACGCAGCCGACCAACCCGCUGCUCCCGCCGCGCGCCUCGGACCAGGCCCGGGACUUCAUCCGCUGCAUCUUCGUGGAGGCCAAACACCGGCCGAGUGCCGAGGAGCUGCUGAGGCAUCCGUUCUCCCAGAUCCAGUGCUGAGUAAGACUGACUGCGCCUCACUGAGGCCGUUAUCACACACCAUCAUAUGCUUCAAAAGGAGACCCAGUCUUCACAUGGAGGAACUCCUAAACACGAAAACCUGUGCUCUCGGUUCCAGCGCUGCUGUUCCAGGAGUUUCCACAAGGGGGCAACAAAUAUUUACCCACCAGGCUGCUUAACCCAACACAAAACUCACUUCAGAAGAAGCAUUAUCAAGUCACGGUUCAUGUUUACAUUCAUUUCUUUUGCAGUUAUGAGUUAAAAAAAUGCAUGAACUUUAACUGUCAAAGAGCUUUUCUACAGAAACAGACGAUUCUUUAAGCUGCUUUCCUGUUUUCAGCCUCUUCAGAUCAAAACACAUUAAGGUAUUAAAUCCAGUAAGCUCCUUUUGUUAAUGUCCUGAAUAAGGUGUCAUGCGCCAAAGCUAGUGGGACCACUUAUUAAUUCUAUGAAUUAUUAUUAUUAAUAUUAUUAUUAUUAUUAUUACAUUUCUGUAAACCUAAACCCUUUAUAAGCCCUCAAAUUGUUGCAUCACUUAAAGCUGUAUUUUUAUAAAAGUCGCAACUUCAACAUCAAUUUCAAUCAAAUAUUUAUUUUUAAAAGUCUUCUUCACUCUUUUACCUUAUAAGAGUAAUUUCAGAAAAUGAUGCCUUAAAGUUAAGGCUUAAAAAUAAAUUUUAAAAAAGUAUUUUUAUUUUAGAAAAGCACUUAAUUUGAAAUGUAGCGAAUACCCAGUGGAGCUCAUUACAUCUGUUUAAUGCUGUGGUUUUUAUUGUAGAAACGUUUCAACCUUUAAUGUGACACAUGUCCUGGAUAAUUCAACUAAAAAUCAGAUAUUGACACAAAUUUGUUAGAAAAUUUAAUAAAGGUGAAAAAAACAAAGUUUGCACACUUUUGAAAAUGUUCAAACUCUUCCUGAUUUAGUUUUACAAUUCAGCCCUCAUAAGUUCAAAGGCAGAUAAAAGAACAUGAGUAAUGAAUAAAACUCAAAAAUUUGCUAGAUAAAAAUCAGAAAUUGGAGUUUGAAAAGUCUAAAAUUUGUUAGAAAAAAUUCUGAAAUGUUUAGAUUAAUUUCAGAAAUUUUCUAGAAAAAAACUUGAAAAUUUUAGGGGGAUUUUUCUAUAAAAUUUUUGCAAUUGAUCUCAAAAUUUCAGAGUUUUUUUUUAAUAGCAAAUUUUCGAGUUUUUAAACUCGGAAAAUGUUUGAAAUUCUUUGGCGUGAAUUAAUUUUUUUUCUAUUUACAGUGACUGUCUCAGUUCACACCGACCAUCAGUUUUAUUAAAUCUAAUUAACUCCAAAUUAAUUAUUUCUAACUUCACCAUAUUUGUGUUUUUUAGUUUGGCCCACUGUCAAAGUUGAUAUUUUGCAUUCUAUCUGAUUUUUUAUUUUUUUUAUUGUAUGGAAUCUUUUCCCACCAAUCAAUUUGCUCCUUUGGUUCCCAUAGUUACGGGUGUUUUACAUCUAGCAGUAUUCACUAUAAAUAAGACCCUGUUUUCUUUGUCGUACUGUAUCAGACUUUUAACAUUUUAAAAAUAGAUUAAAUAUGUUCAGUUUUUCAGUUUAUCUGCAGAUUAAAAUUACAACAUAUUUCACAAAAAACCUUUUUAUUUAUAAUCUCUCCAGUAUUUACUAUCUGAACAAGUGCCAAAAUAAAGAACGAAAAUAUACUUCUAGUUUUUUAGAAACAAAAAAGCCUUAAAUAAAAAAUGUUUUUAUUUUUGUCUAAAUUGCGUGUCUGGCCCAAAUGUCGUUGACCGAUAAUCCUUAAUUUAGGAUCAUUUUCAAUCAGAUGCACUUUUAUUUUUUUGAUAACUGAAUUUUGUUGGGCUUAUUUCAAUAUUUUCUUUUUGUUAAUGUUUUUGUUUCAAAUGUGAAUUUUUUUUUUAAUUUAUAGCCCCAUGACAUCCAGGUCUGAUUAUUGUAAGGAAAUACACAUAUCUAUAAAUAUCUAUUUUUAUAUUUCGACUGUAUCAAAUCUGUUGAUACUUUUAGUUUUGUUGAGCGGAAGUCGUAGAAAGCAGCUGGUUUUGCAGACAUUUCAGAAUCGCAUGUUAUAAUUUAGAAACAGGGGAGAACGAAGUCUGGCUGCUCAAACUCCAGUUCAACAAAUUAAAACACAACCAGUGUUACACGUCGGCUUCUGGACGCAGUUUUACUAAAUGUAGUGACUCACCGUCAGAACUGUAAAAUUGAUUUCCUAUCUGCAGGGUUUUGUUUUGUUUUCUUCGGACACCUGUGACUUGCUAAACUCAGAUUUUCUUGAUUUUAGCCAAAACGGAUGACGUUUUAUCUGCCUGUUUGUGGGUUUUUCUGUGGAACGUUGCCCUAAUUUAUUAGUGGAAAAUCCGCCUGCUCAGAAUUUCUAAAAGAAAGCUGAAAUACCUUGGUGCGAUGCUACUUGACUUGCUAUUUGCUAGCGCUUGUAAAGCAGCCAAUCCAGGAGCAGCUUUUGUUUUCCUUGAUGCUGAUUGGCUGUACUUAAAGACUGCAGAUGCUAACUCCUGUUGGUCCUAAAACGGUUUCCACUGGUCGUAUUAAAACACAUUAAAUUACAUUUGGUGUUUGCAGUAUUAAAAUUUGACUCAAGUAUUUUCUGAUUUUAGCUAUUCGCUGCUGUCUCAAAUAACAGGAGCCCUUUGUAUUUUUGUUAGAAGAAAUUAUGUCAUACUUUCUGUUUAAAAGCAAUUAUUUAUUUUAAAUCAGACACUAUAAUAACAUUUCCAUUUUAAAUCGCAUUUACCGUCUUAUAUUUGGGGUUAGCAAAGCUAACUCUUUUAGCAUUCUCUUGUAUAUUCACUAGAGAAUUGCCUUAUCUUAUCUUAAAUCCUGAGAGAUAAAGAGGAAAGGAUGAAACACAAGCUUGGCUAAAUUACAUUCUGGGUUCCUAAACGUGAUUUAACCAAACUUUGCAUAAUUCAGCAAGAUGUAAUUUACCUAAACUUAGCAUAGCAAUUUAGGUAAGUGAAUUUCAGCCAAACCUGAUGUAAUUUAGCCAGGCUUAGCAUAAUUAGCUAAGUUAUGCUAAGUUUUUAGCCAAACAGUUCAAUUUAUCUAAGCACAAUUCAUUCAAAAAUUGGUUUAAUUUAGCUAAACGUAAUCUAGUUAAACGCAAUUGAGCCAAACUUGGCUGAAUCACGUUCAUGGUUCCUUUGUCUUGCUCUCUCUCACCGUCUUACAGCCUGAAUGAACUGCAGACAUUUCUCAACAUGUCUGCAGUUCAUUCAUUAAUGAUUUUUAUGAAUAUCUACAUCCUCUGGUUCCUGCAAAUAUCUAAGAUUGAUUUGCACAUAGAAAAGUGUUAGCUUGACUCGGACCAGUCAGUCACCACAUAAUCCAUAAAUCGGUCCUGGAAAGAUUCCUUGGUGCAUCUCUGCUUUGUCACAUGCAGUGAAAACUCAUCAGGUCUCAUUUAAGAUGUGAGUUAAUGCAGGUGUGCUAGCGAGCCAAAGACAACCUGGAGCAGAGCCAACGUCGGAUGCCAGAUUUCGUUCUCCAUCCCCCAUGACGACUUUGUUUUCCCCAGGGUUCAGAUGACAUGUCCAGCUUUAAAUUAUGGGCUAAUAACAGCAAACAUGGAGGUAUAUAUGGGGCUGUUACACCUUAAAGGCAGCUAAAUAAUGUUUCAUGUUUAAAAUUAGUGUCUUAUUUAAGGAGGAACCCUGGGACAGGCAAAGGAAAACAAGCUAGUUGUUAGGAAUGUUUCUACGUAUCCAAAUGUUAAAUAUGUAAUGUUUCAUGACAAGACUUGCAGUGCAAAGUCGAACAUAUCAAACCUAUUUUACUGCUAAAUCGUUUUGUUUUCUGAAUGUACAUGUAGAUGUCAUGACUUCGCUCGAAAACAAAUACAUUUUUAAAAAGA